CAACGAAAAACAUAUAUUAGUCUGUAACGUUCAUUAGAUUCAGCACAUUUUUUCAAUGUAUUUUUCCUAUAAAAUCCUUAUCCGUUUAACGCAUGGGUGCUGAUUUUUUCCAAAAUUAUUAUUUCCAAAAGAUUUUUGUUACAAUGGAACAUGAUUGUAUACAUCCUUCAAUGGAUUGGCCAACAAAAUAUUAGAGAGAGAAAGAGAGAAAGAAAGAAAAAAAAUGACCAAAAUCACUAUAGUACCAAAAUAACAUGGAAGUUCGUUGUCUAUUGUCAAAAUUGUAGAACAAUCAAACGAUAUUUUGAACAGAAACUUCAACAUAAAAGCAUACACACAAUUUUAUCGCAAUCAAUUUGUUUUUAAAUAAAAUAAAAGAAACUUGGGAAAUAAAAAUAGUGCGAUCAUGGCUUGCUGUACGGCCACCGAGGCAAUUCGAUUACCAAUCGAAAUGUCACACCAAAGUGAAAUUAUAAAGGGAAAUGAGCAAAUACAUUCAUCGAAAUUUUUCAAAGAUUCAAAAAAUGGAAUGUUCAUAAGUUUUCUGAGCGAUGAUGCCCGUACUUUGUAUGAAACAUUUCGACGUGGAUCUUAUGAAUCGAACAAUGGACCAUGUUUAGGUUGGCGUGAUAGCGUUACAUCAAAAUAUCAGUGGAUGACAUUCAACGAAACAUUAUUAAAAGCGAAAAAUUUUGGAUGUGGAUUAGUUAAUCUUGGUGUACGUCCUCACGAUUUGGUUGGAAUAUAUUCAUCAAAUAGACCGGAAUGGACGUUAUUUGAACAGGGAGCCUACUGUUAUUCACUCGUUGUUGUUGCACUUUAUGAUACACUUGGACCAGAUGCAUGUGCUUUCAUAAUAAAACAAACCGACAUGUCAACAGUUAUCGUUGAAGACGACAUAAAAGCAAACAUGAUAUUGGAUAAAGCACCACAUGGUUUGAGGCGAUUGAUUACCAUUACGGAUUCCAUUCGUUCUGCAACUAUAACACGUGCUAAAAAUCGGGGUGUCGAUUGUUUCACUUUUGACGAGGUUGAGAGAAGUGGAUCCAAGCAAGAUCAUCCGGUUGUUCCACCAAAUCCAGAAGACAUAUGUACGAUAUGUUAUACGUCAGGUACAACUGGCAAUCCCAAAGGAGUCACACUCACACAUCAAAAUGUGGUUGCCGCAAUGUGUGCGGUGCUUUUACAAUUAGGCGAUCAACGUCCGCGCUAUGGCGAUAUCAUGCUAUCUUACUUGCCGUUGGCACAUAUGCUUGAACGUUGCUGUGAAAAUGGGAUUUUCUAUUCUGGUGCAGCCGUUGGCUUUAGUUGCGGUAAUAUUCGAAACUUGACCGAUGACCUAAGAGCUCUGAAACCAACAAUUAUGCCAGCAGUACCACGACUAUUGAAUCGCGUUUACGAUACACUCAUGAGCGAUUUGUCCGGAUCACCUUUGAGAAGGCUUCUUUAUAAUACCGCACUUAAAGCCAAAGAAUCGGAACUAAACCGUCAAAUCAUUCGAAAAAAUUCAAUAUGGGAUAAAUUAGUCUUUCGAAAAAUUCAAGAGUCAUUUGGCGGUAAUCUUCGUCUUAUGAUCGUGGGCUCAGCACCGUUAGCCGGGAAUGUAAUGACAUUUAUGCGGUGCGCAUUAAGCUGUAUAAUUGUUGAAGGCUAUGGACAAACAGAAUGUACGGCUCCGGUCUCAUUGACAAUAUGUGGGGAUUCCAUUCCAGAACAUGUUGGACCACCCGUUGCCUGCUGUUGCGUAAAGCUGGUGGAUGUGCCUGAGAUGGAAUAUUUCGCAAUUGAUAACCAAGGUGAAGUGUGUGUUAAAGGAACAAACGUAUUUCGUGGCUAUUAUAAGGAUCCAGAGCGUACAGCUGAGGUUAUCGAUUCAUUCGGUUGGCAUCAUACCGGCGACGUUGGCAUGUGGUUGGCCAAUGGCACUCUCAAAAUUAUCGAUCGACGAAAACACACAUUCAAACUUAGUCAAGGGGAAUAUAUAGUGCCGGACAAAAUUGAAGCAAUUUACGUGAAAAGUCAAUAUAUUUUACAAAACUUUGUUUACGGUGAAAGUUUGAAGAGUGGUAUUGUUGCCAUUGUAGUACCUGAUGUAGAUGUACUUAAAAGCUGGGCUAAAGAAAAUCAUAUACCCGGAACACUGAGCGUACUUUGCAGCCAUAAAAAAGUAAAGGAACUCAUUUUGAACGAUAUGCUUUCUUGGGGUAAACAAAAUGGCCUAAAAUCCUUCGAACAGGUUAAAGAUAUUUAUCUUCAUCCCGAUCCAUUUUCCAUUCAGAAUGGUUUACUUACACCAAUGUUCAAACUGAAGCGACCACAAAUCAAAAAUUAUUUCAAACCACAGUUGGACGAUAUGUACACACAUCUGCCUUGAAUAUCUUUUACUUUAGUAGCUGAAAUUAGCCUCAUAUUGUUUAAAAAAAUAUUGUAAAUCAAAUAAAGCGAGCUGUGUCGGCGUUUGUAUGGAGUCUGUGCCAUACACUAACACUUUUAUUAUA